UCAGAUGGGGAGGUUUCCAUGGUAAGUGCGGUCUAUAGGGAUUCGGUUGUUACCCAAUAGUGCUCGCGCAAACACGCUAACCAACCAACCUCCGGGAGGCUGGGCUUAAUGCUGUGUGUCCAAGAUGGCGGUUAUCUCCAUUGAAAGGAUGGGGCUGCUGUCUGUAGUCUGUGUGUCUCUGUUUUUCAGCAGCGCCUUUGCUGUGGAUCGGGGCAACUUUAAAACCUGUGAUCAGAGUGCUUUCUGCAAACGUCAGCGGGCGCUCAAGCCGGGUCAGUCCCCAUACAGGGCUCUUCUGGAAACUUUGGAGCUUAGUGACUCUCGACUGACCCUCCAGCUCAUCAAUGACAACAACAAGGUGCACUUGCUGUUGGAGCUGUACAGACUGCAGGGGAAUAUGACGCGGGUGAAAAUAAAUGAGUUGAAACCUCUGAAGCCGCGCUUUGAGGUGCCAGACGUGCUCAUAGCAGAGCCUCCUACUGAGCCUCUCUCAGUGUUGUCCAAGGAUGAUAAUGGUGUUGUGUUGUCUCUGGGAGCAGAGAGCCAAAGGUUGAUUGUUAGCGCCCGUCCAUUUAGGCUGGACAUCAUGGAGGGGCCAGAGGUGCUGCUAUCCCUCAACUCUCGUGGCCUGCUGGCCUUUGAGCACCUGCGUCUUCGCAAGGACACGCAAGCACAACCAGAUGGUGCUGAGGUUAAAGAGAGUGUAGAUGGAGAUCAGCAGCAAGACGAAGGCGAGAAGGAAGAGGAUGGAGAGAGUGAUAAAGAGGAAGACGGUCUGUGGGAAGAGACGUUUAAAUCUCAUACAGAUACCAAACCCGAUGGCCCCACAUCGAUAAGUUUAGACUUCUCCUUGCCUGGUGUAGAACAUGUAUACGGUAUUCCAGAGCAUGCUGAUAACCUUAAACUGAAAACUACAGAUGGUGGUGAUCCAUACAGGCUGUAUAACCUAGAUGUGUUUCAAUAUGAGCUCUAUAACCCUAUGGCCUUAUAUGGAUCCAUACCUGUCAUGUUGGCUCAUAACACUCAGAGGACCAUGGGUAUUUUUUGGCUUAAUGCAGCUGAGACCUGGGUAGACAUCAGUUCUAAUACAGCGGGAAAGACUGUCUUUGGUAAGAUGCUAGACUUCGUUCAAGGUUCAAGUGAGAAGCCACAGACAGACGUCCGUUGGGUCUCUGAGAGUGGUAUCAUUGAUGUCUUCAUCAUGCUCGGGCCCAAACCAUCAGAUGUCUUCUCACAAUAUGCAUCUCUCACAGGCACCCAGUCUUUCCCUUCCCUCGCCAGUCUGGGCUAUCACCAGUGCCGCUGGAAUUAUAAUGACCAGGAUGAUGUCAAAUCAGUGGACCAAGGCUUUGAUCAACAUGAUAUCCCUUAUGAUUUCAUAUGGCUUGAUAUUGAGCAUGCAGAUGGCAAGCGCUACUUCACCUGGGAUCCCCACAAGUUCCCUCAGCCUAAAGAGAUGCUUCAGGGCCUAAUGGACAAGAGACGCAAGAUGGUGGCUAUAGUAGAUCCCCACAUCAAGGUUGAUAGUGGCUACAAGAUCCACAAUGAGAUAACUUCUAAAGACUUCUAUGUUAAGAAUAAAGAUGGAAGGAACUAUGAAGGCUGGUGCUGGCCAGGAAACUCUGGUUACCCAGAUUUUACAAAACCAGAAAUGCGGGCCUGGUGGGCUAGCAUGUUUGCCUAUGACCAGUAUGAGGGUUCAAUGGAGAAUCUUUUUACUUGGAAUGACAUGAACGAGCCGUCUGUGUUCAAUGGGCCUGAGGUCACUAUGCACAAAGAUGCACUGCAUGGAAAGUGGGAGCACAGAGACAUUCACAAUAUCUAUGGACUUUAUGUGCAAAUGGCCACUGCUGAAGGUCAGACUCAGCGAUCUGGUGGAGCUGAAAGGCCUUUUGUGCUCACCAGAGCCUUUUUUGCUGGUUCUCAGAGAUAUGGUGCUAUUUGGACUGGUGAUAAUGCAGCUGAGUGGGACCAUCUCAAGAUUUCUAUUCCCAUGUGUCUCAGUCUUGGGCUUGUGGGCGUCUCGUUUUGUGGAGCUGAUGUUGGUGGCUUUUUUAAGAAUCCCAGCACUGAACUUCUGGUUCGUUGGUAUCAGACGGGUGCGUAUCAACCUUUCUUCCGUGCUCAUGCUCACCUAGACACCACACGCAGGGAACCCUGGCUCUUUGGCCCGGAGAACACGGCGCUCAUCCGGGAGGUAAUCCGACAGCGUUAUGCUCUUCUGCCAUACUGGUACCAGCUGUUCUACCAAGCACAUAAGACUGGAAUGCCUGUCAUGAGGCCUCUUUGGGUUGAUUAUCCCAAGGACACUGCAACUUUCACCAUUGAUGAUGAAUUUCUGAUUGGCAGUGAUUUGUUGGUUCACCCAGUCACCGAAGAAGGAUCUCGUGGAGUCACAGCCUAUCUGCCUGGAGCUGGAGAGGUUUGGUAUGAUGUCCACACCUUUCAAAAACACAAUGGUGCACAGAAUCUCUACAUCCCAGUCACUCUAAGCUCUAUCCCAGUGUUCCAGCGUGGUGGCUCUAUCAUCCCUCGGAAGGACAGAGUUCGGCGGUCUUCUGCCUGUAUGGAAAAUGACCCAUACACCUUGUAUGCGGCUCUUAGCCCUAAGAAAUUUGCUGAGGGCGAGCUCUACAUUGAUGAUGGCCAUACUUUUAACUAUGGUACAAAGAAAGAAUUUAUUCACCGUAGCCUCACCUUUGCCAACAAUGCUCUCUCCUCCAGCAACCUGUGUCCAGACUGUAAUUUCUUAACCUCGUCAUGGAUUGAAAAAGUUCUCAUUUUGGGCGCUAGCAAGCCAAGCAAGGUUCUUCUAAAAAUGGAUGGCAAAGAAACCCCUGUGGACUUUGAGUUUGACACGUCCAUGUCAGUGCUAACCCUCCGUAAACCUGGGAUGAAUGCUGGGGCUGACUGGACCCUGCAGCUGCAGUAACUCAUUGGAUUUCUAUAGCGCCCAGGACCAGAUGACAUGAGAUCUUAAAAAAAAAAAAAAAAAAAUCACUUGGAAAAAUUCAUCAGUUAAACAUUUCACUAUUAAUUCAUAAACACAUUGAGCACUUACAAAUUCAGAAGCGAACAAGUGGUAAAGUGGGUCAGGUAUUUCUCAGUGCUAAAAGUAAACAGAUCCAACUGGCAGGGUCAGACAGUAAACGCUUUCCAUUUUAAAUGUAGUAAUGUCAUUCAAAAGUCAAAAGCUUUGUUUUUAAUUUUGUGUCGUGAAAAGUAGUAUUAAAGUCAGAAUUACUGAAUCAUGCAGUGGAUUUAAAUAAUUUCAGGGCAGAUAAAAGUGUUAGUUGUAUUUAAACCCUAAGAGCACAGUGAAAACCCGGUCAUUACUGAAGUGAAUUGGUCUUUAACAAAUAGAUUGGCUCUUUUUACAUAAAAGAAAACGGCAGGUUCACAAAUCAAUUGUUGGUCUUCUAUGUUAAAAGCUGUAAAAUUGGUUUAACCAUGAGCACACUGAAGGGUUUUAGAGUUCAGUUUUAAAGGUCUUCACUGGAAACUACUAAGCUCUAUUUGCUUAUGGCCUAGUUAGUUAAUUUAAUGUGGGAUCAUGGGAUUGGAUUGUUUUACAGGGGCAUAACCUACUAAAUAUUUGAGUUUAUUUUGUCUUUUUGCUUACAUUUUUGUUUUCUAGAGCACUUAAAUAUACUAUUUUUGGGAUAGGUAGGGGGAUUUAUUUUUUGAGCCAGAAUGAAACAGUCAGGCACUUAUAAUUAUUCCAGUCUAAUCUACUGUGAUGGGGAAGAUGAUGAAUUGUGAAAUUAUUUUUGUCAUCCACUAUAAAUUUAUGGCUAUCGUGUGAAAACGACUGAACUAAAUGUCUCGUGAAGGAGAGCUUUGUGUAUAUUCCAGUUUGACCAUCUUGCACUACUGCUCUGAUUUUCCACUUUGUUUCAUUCCAUUUUUUUGAGGGUGACCCUGAAAGCUCUGAAAAUUUGAGGCGAAACGUAAUGUCUACUGUGAUUGAGAGUUCAAUUGAGAUGGUAAUAAAAAUUACUGUACAUUCCCAACUGCA